AGGAGAAAAUAACUUGAGAUAUUGUUAUUAAGUUUGAUGCCAUAGCACUUCUUUAAACAGGAGAAAGUAACCUAUUCAAAUUAAAGGGAUAUAUAGAGAGAGAAGCAGACAUGGACGCUGAAAACCAAAAUCUAAGACUAGGAAAAUCAAUACUUGUACCAAGUGUUCAAGAGCUAGCCCAAAAAUCAUUAGAGUCGGUGCCAGAAAGAUAUAUUCAGCUUAAUCAAGAGCCUAUAAUUUUAGGAGCUGAUGAUGAACUCAGUAAUCAUAAUGAUUUUCAAGUGCCAAUCAUCGACAUGAAAACUUUGGUUUCUGGAGACGUUUUGGAGCUGGAUAAAAUGCAUUCAGCAUGCAAGGAAUGGGGUUUUUUCCAGCUUAUAAACCAUGGGAUCGACGCCUCCUUGGUGGAGAAAUUCAAGCUGGAGACCCAAGAAUUUUUCAAUCUUCCACUAGAAGAAAAGAAAAGAUACUGGCAAACUCCAUCCGAGGUGGAGGGUUUUGGGCAGGCCUUUGUUGUGUCUGAGGAGCAAAAGCUUGACUGGGCGGAUAUCUUCUUCUUGACGACCCUUCCUAAACAUUUACGAAAACCCAACUUGCUUCCCAUGCUACCUCUGCCUUACAGGGAUACAUUGGAAACUUACUCAGCCGAAUUGCACAAGUUAGCUAUGGAACUUCUGGAUUGCAUGUCAAAAGCUCUAACGAUUGACACAAAAGCCAUGAGAGCAAUGUUUGGUAAUCAGGGAUUAUUUCAAUCUAUGAGGAUGAAUUAUUAUCCACCAUGUCCACAGCCAGACAAGGUAAUUGGUUUAACGCCUCAUUCUGAUGGCGUUGCUCUCACUAUACUCCUCCAACUUAAUGAAGUCGAAGGCCUCCAAAUAAGGAAAGAUGGCAAGUGGGUUUCUAUCAUGCCUCUUUCUGAUGCCUUUGUGGUUAAUAUAGGAGAUAUCUUGGAGAUUAUGAGUAAUGGUAUAUACCGAAGCAUUUUGCACCGGUCAGUAGUGAAUGUAUCAAUAGAAAGGAUGUCAGUUGCUGCCUUUCACAGCCCGACAUCAGAUGGGGAAAUAGGCCCGUUACCUGACCUUAUCACGCCGAGUACUCCAGCAAAAUUUAGGCGGAUAAGUGUGGCUGAUUAUUUUAGGGAAUUGUUUACUCGUUCCCUUGAUGGAAAAUCUUACCUUGAUCGCAUGAGGAUCACUAAAAAUGCUACUUAGAUACUAUUUAUUCCGUCCCACAAAGAUAUAAAUAAUUGUUGGAACACAUAGUUAAAGGUGAUAAGUUGUAGUGUAGUUAUCAAAUGUUAUUUUUAUUAAAAACUAGAUGCAAUAUGAGUUGGUGGACUAUUAUGUAGUUUUUUAUUGAUAAAGUUGGAGCGUGGUUGCAAUGUUGUAAGAAAAGUAAUAUAAUAGUUUUUGAGCCAUGUUAAUAAUGAAAGUGUUUAAUGUAAUAUGGGACAAACAUAAAAGGACAGUGUCCAGAUUAUUCUGAAUGGGAUAGAGUACUACUAGAUGAAACGUUACUGCUCGAAUAUUUUUAGGUCUUCUAUUUGUAUGGAUGACACGGAAAACAUUAUAUAUGUAAUCGAAGGUUGUAUGACGUUUUAAUAA